UCAGGCCCAGGACCUGGCUGUGGUGAUUUCUCGGAUGCAGGUAAAUGCCGACCAAGUAGAGAAGAGCAUCCUGGCUGCAGAGCAUCAUCUGGGCGUGGACACAGAGCGCGAUGAGAAGAAGCUGAAACUGUACCACCAGAGGGAGAACGCUGACACCCUGUCGCAGGCCGAGGGGCUCCUGAAGGACCUCUUCAUGGACGUGGACAAAGCCAAGAGGCUGGGGCACCCGCAGGCCCACGAGAUCGAGAAGGACGUGAAAAACCUCCACGAUCGCUGGGUGAAGGACUGUUCCAUCUACAGGGAGCUGUACUCCCAGGUCAAAACUCUGGAUCCCAAACAGAAGAUCGACUGGGGGCCUCUGCUGGACGACAAAAUGAGACAGUUAAAGUCAGACGCGUACGGCCCAAAGCUGCCUGACGUGGAGAAGCAGAUGGCAGAACAUAACAUCCUGCACCAGGAGAUCGAGGCGUACAAAGACCAGCUGCAGCCCAGCAGCACCAGCUCCAAGGUAACAGCACACAACCAGAGAGGGGCCGACCUCCAGCAAACAGUGUUACAUCACAAUCAAUACAUACAUAUGGCAAAGAAACGUUUAUGA